AUGUCAGAAUAUUUAUCCAAAGCAGCAGCUUUUGCACAAAAUGCGGCGAAACUUUCUAAGAAAGUGUCUGAAGGUAUUGUCGAAAAUGCACGUGAAUUCGGGUUAGAAGCUACUUCUUCGGGUCAUUAUUUCGAUACUUCGGAAGAAAAAAUGCGUGAUAUCAAAAGGCAACUAGACUCGAGACAUGAUCGAGAGAAAAUGGAUGGUUUAAAAAGACUGAUCGCGAUGAUAUCAAAAGGUCGCGAUGUUUCGGAAUUUUUUCCCGAUGUUGUUAAAAAUGUGGCUUCUCAAAACCUUGAAAUUCGAAAACUUGUUUACAUAUAUUUAUUGCGAUAUGCUGAACAAGAACCUGAUCUUGCAUUACUGUCAAUUAACACGUUUCAGAGAGACUUGGCAGAUCAAAAUCAAUUAAUAAGAGCAAUGGCUUUACGAGUGAUGUCUGGUAUUCGAAACCAUGUUAUUAGUCCAAUAGUAUUAUUAGCUAUAAAGAAAUGUGUUACUGAUUUGUCAGCGUACGUAAGAAAGACUGCAGCACAUGCCAUUCCAAAAUAUGCUUUGGUUGAUAUCAUAACAACUCUUCUCAAUGAUAAAUCAUCUUUCACAAUCGGUAGCGUUAUAAUGGCAUUUAAUGAAGUAUGUCCUGAUAGAUUUGAUUUAAUACAUCCACAAUAUCGAAAACUUUGUAAGAUGUUAAUUGAUGCAGAUGAAUGGGGACAGAUAGCUAUUAUAGGCCUUCUUCUACGAUACUCAAGUCAAAAUUUUGGAAAGAAAAAAUCCGAAGCAUUUUAUUCUGAUGAUGAAAAUUCAGAAAAAUCGGAUGAUACUUUUGACGAUUCAUUUAUACUUGAUCCCGAUCAUGAACUUUUAUUACAUUCAGCUUUACCUUUAUUACAAAGUAGGAAUAGUGCAGUAGUACUUGCAGUUGCUAAACUUUAUUAUCAUUUGGCACCUUUAGAAGAAGCGUAUAAAUUAGGCAAACCGUUAGUGAGAUUAUUACAUAGUCAUAGAGAAAAUCAAUACGUUGUUCUAGCGAAUAUUGCUACAAUGGCUAUACAACGGCCGUCUCUUUUCGAACCCCAUUUACAACAAUUUUUCGUUAGAUCAACGGAUCCUGCGUUUAUACGAAAUUUGAAAUUGGAAAUUAUGAUAUUAAUCGCGACCGAAAAUAAUAUAACAGGAUUGCUUAGAGAACUUCAGGAAUAUGUAAAAAGUCCUAACAAAGAAUUUGCAGCUGCUGCAAUACAAGCCAUUGGUCAUUGUGCAAUAGGAAUGCCAGAGAUGGCUGAAAGUUGUUUAAAUGGGUUAAUGAGAUUGCUUUGGAGCAAAAACGAUGCGGUCGUUGCAGAAUCCGUUGUGGUAAUUAAAAGAUUAUUACAAUUAAGACCUCAAGAUAAUGCGGAUAUGAUAAUACAAUUAGCCAAAGCUUUAGAUCAAAUAACCGUUCCUAUGGCACGUGCAAGUAUAUUUUGGCUGGUAGGCCAAUAUUCACAAAAUCUUGAAAAAGUUGCACCCGAUGUACUUAGAAAAGCUGUAAAGACUUUUACGACAGAAGCUGAUGUAACAAAAUUACAGAUUAUCAAUCUUGGUGCAAAACUUAUAUCACUUCAUCCCACAGAUAAUACACUUAAUCUUCUUUUUCAAUAUAUGCUUGAUCUCGCGAGAUAUGAUCUAAAUUAUGAUAUUAGAGAUCGAGCAAGAUUUUUCAGAGGUCUUAUAUUAAUAGAUAUUAAAAAAGAAAAUGUGGAUGAAAAAGCCCCUUCUGAAGAAAGUCCUUCUGCAGGUCGAGACAGAUUUACUAUAGGGUCAAUAGCUCUCGUCCUAAAUCAUUCCAUUCCAGGAUAUGAGCCAUUACCUGAUUGGACAACUGAAAAACCAGAUGGGUCUCUAAGAGAUAAUUUGGAUGAAACAUGGGGUCAUAAUCGAUCUAUUAAAGGAUUUGGGAGUGAUACGAUUGGAAAUUAUGCGCCAUCACCAACUUUUGAUAAAUCAUUUUCUAAAAAAAGAAAUGAUAAUUAUUAUGAUGACCUUAAUCGAUUUUAUGAAUCAGAAGAGAUCUCUGAAGAUGAAGAAAAUACAGGUAAAAUAUAUUUAUAUGUACAUUUCAUUAAUUAG